CCUGUACUAGUUGAACUUGCUGUCACUUUGUCACCAUUAUUCCAACGAAAAAAUCGGAUUACGCUACACAAGUGACCCGCCCACCUCUACUCCCCGCCGGCCUGUUGGAGACUUUAAAAGAAGCCCUCCUAUCCAUCUGGUUCGGUAUCCAGUGAACAAACGUCGCCUUGUUUGCUUGCUGUGCAGCAACACAACCAACAAGUCGACACAAGUGCAGCAUUUGCACACAAACUCCCACGUUCAGCAUGAAGAUGAUUCUGGCUUACUGGGAUAUUCGUGGGCUGGCCCAGCCUAUCCGCCUGUUGUUGGAGUACACUGGGACGCCAUAUGAAGACAAGUAUUAUGUCUGCGGCGAAGCUCCCAGCUUUGACAAAAGCUGCUGGCUAGAUGAGAAGUCCGGCCUUGGAAUGGACUUUCCUAACUUACCCUACUUGAAGGAUGGAGACAGGAUGAUCGUGCAGAGUAACGCCAUCAUGAGAUACAUUGCUCGCAAACAUAAUAUGUGUGGUGAGACGGAGGAUGAGAAGACCCGUGUGGACAUCUUGGAGAACCAGGCCAUGGACUUCAGGAAUGGUUUUGUGAUGUUGUGUUACUCCGACUUUGACAAGAUAAAGCCAGGUUACCUGGAGAAGCUCCCUAAUGUACUGCAGCAGUUCUCCACUUUCUUGGGGGACAAGAAGUGGUUUGCUGGUGACAAGAUCACAUUUGUGGACUUCAUCAUGUACGAGUUGUUGGACCAACACAGGAUGUUUCACAGCACGUGCCUGGAUAAAUUCAAGAACCUCAAAGACCUCCUUACUCGUUUUGAGUCUCAGGAGAAGAUUGCGGACUACAUGAAGUCUAAAAGAUUCCUGAAGAACCCGGUCAACAACAAGAUGGCCAAAUGGGGCAACAAGAAGGAGUAAAGAAGUGAUGAGCUGUCAUUGCUCAAUGGCUGUGGUUUCAUUCUGGGUUGAACACCAAUUUUAGUUCUAUUAUUUUGUCUCCAAAAGGUGGCACAGCUGAUUUGAGACUGGAUUUCUAGCACUUAAUUUACUUUUUGACAUUGAGCACAUUAAAGUUAAAAUAUUUCUCAG